AUGCCUGGGGUUCCGAUGUGCCCGGUGUGCAGAGGCAGCAAGCAGAAAUGUGUGCCAGUAAAUCGCACUUGGAUUACGGGUGGACGACAAGACAAGUGUGAAAGAUGCACGCAGUUCAAUCAUGAAUGCGGGCCACACGAAUACCCUCCUCCACGUUCUCGAGCUCCUAGACGACCUGGCAGCAGGGUCGAUGCUACUCCUGCUUCUGUUCCACAACAAAUCGAAGUUCCGAAAGAUAUGCCAGAGCUCAAGCAGGAGCUACGGAGAAGGUUGAGAGUUUUAGAAAUGCAAGUCGAGGCGACGAUGAAGUUACAAGUCGCUUUAGAUUAUUCGAUUCCGGGUUUACACCGAGACGAAAACAUAAAUGCCGAAUUAUUCUCUUCCAGGAAUGCGAACGUGCGUAUUCUUACAUUGAUGCCGGCUCAGGCUGAGGUUUUGGCAGACCGUUUGGCGGGCUGCGGGGAAACCGAGAUUGCAGAGGCAGCCUACAAUCGUAUUUUGAAUGCUUAUCGCGAGUUCUGGAAGCUGGACAUCAAGGCAUUUCAUGAGACUAAGAGCCUAUUGAAAAAAUUGGCCGACAUGCUUUGGAGCACAGGGGAGCACAUCCGUGCUGAGAGUCUCGUAUGGGAGGCUCUCAGUUUGCGCGAUGUUCCAGGACAGGCCCUGCCAUCCGACUUGGACUUACUGAAAAGUCUAGCCAGAUCACUUCCGAGAACGUGCAGUGACAUUUCGAAGUCCAUCCAAUCCACAGUGGAUGGUUUUAUUCCGUCUCACCUCGUAUCACCGUUACCUCCGUUGCAGUGUAUGAUGCAGAGUCCUUUCGCAUCCACAGUAUCAGGCAGCCCAUUUCACAAAGGAAUUUUUCCAGGAACGAGCAUAACGCAGGAUGUACCACCAAUUCUAGGUGGAAUUGACACGGUCAUGGAUUUCCUUCGUGUUCUACCUGUCGAGGCCCUUGAAGCGAGGGAUAUCUAUGGCCAAUCACCGUUCUAUAUGGCAUCGUCUCUCAGAAUGGAAGGACUCGGUCGUGGUAUUUUGCGCAGACUAGGAGAGACCUCAGGCCAAUGUACGCAGUAUCAUCUGAAUAAUCGAGACCUGAGCGGCCAGACGGUCCUCGGUGCAUCGAUACUUGGAGGUUGCUCUUUGCAAUAUAUCAGAUUUCUGAUAGAAUGCGGUUCUCAUGUCGACCCUAAGCCGUUGAUGCCACUGCCUUUUACCCCUCUUCAAGCGGCGGCCAUGUCUGGCUCGCUGGAUAUUGUUUGCCUUCUGUUGGACAACGGCGCUGAAGUGGAUCGUGUUUACCUUCAAAAUAAGACCCCACUUGCACUGGCUGAGGAAGCUGGGCAUGUUGAAGUUGUACAGCGGUUGAGCAACGCCACCAUUGGCCAUUCGAGUUCCCCAACAUUUGAUCUAAGCUGGAGUCCCGGCUGA